AUGGAGCUGCCAGUGGUCAGCGAUGGUGUUCAUAUGGCUGCUUACAGAACCAGCCUUCCACUGUCAGCCACAAAUGGGAAGACAACUCCUGGAGGAUUUGAUGAGUCUAGCUAUUAUCAGUGCUAUGGUAGUGGCAGCAGUGUAACAUCUCUUGCACCUGGUGCUCUAACUGGCUAUGAGACUCUGGACGCCCCACCGCGCUAUGACUUCUAUGCCAACACUGAAGUGUGGGGGCGACGGAGGCGCCUCAGACCAUCUUUGUUCGAGCUGCAUGCCAAACCUGAGGAUGAGUUCAGACCUCCCAUGUAUGAGGAGACAACAGGUGGAGAAGACAGCUCUGAGGAAGAGGUGGAUGAACAAACACCGCCGACAUCUGAACCUACUCGCUUUGGAUGGGUGCAGGGAGUCAUGAUCCGCUGCAUGUUAAACAUCUGGGGAGUUAUUUUGUACCUGAGGCUGCCUUGGAUCACAGCUCAAGCUGGUAUAGGUAUGACCUGGUUGAUUAUUCUGAUUUCUUCUACCAUCACUGGGAUCACUGGUCUCUCAACCUCAGCUAUAGCUACUAAUGGCAAAGUCAAAGGAGGUGGGACCUACUUCCUGAUCAGUCGGAGCCUCGGUCCAGAGCUGGGUGGUUCCAUCGGCCUGAUCUUUGCCUUUGCCAAUGCUGUAGCUGUGGCCAUGCACACUGUGGGCUUUGCUGAGACUGUCACAGACCUGAUGCGAGAAAAUGGGGCUGUUAUGGUGGACCGGACCAAUGACAUCCGCAUCAUCGGCAUCCUCACUAUCACAUUGCUAUUGGGAAUUACAUCAGCUGGAAUGGCAUGGGAGUCAAAGGCCCAGAUUCUGUUCUUCCUGCUCAUCAUGCUGUCAUUUGCCAGUUACAUUGUGGGAACGAUCAUGCCAGCUUCACCAGAGAAACAAUCUAAAGGUUUCUUCAGCUACAGACCUGAGAUCUUUGCUGCCAAUUUUGUGCCCGACUUUCGAGGUCCAGAGGGCAGUUUCUUUGGCAUGUUCUCCAUUUUCUUCCCCUCUGCCACAGGCAUUCUGGCAGGAGCCAACAUCUCUGGAGAUUUAAAGAAUCCAACUUUGGCUAUCCCUCGUGGGACACUGUUGGCAAUAUUCUUCACUACAAUGUCCUACAUCAUCAUCAGCGCAACCAUUGGAGCUUGUGUUGUGCGAGAUGCAUCUGGUAUAAUGAACGACACCCUGUCUUCCUUGACACCCCCUGAUAGCUGUGUUGGUGUAUCAUGUCAAUUUGGUUGGGACUUCACGCCGUGUAUCAAUAAUAGGACCUGCACCUAUGGAAUCAGUAACUACUACCAGACACUGAGCAUGGCAUCAGCCUUCGCCCCGCUCAUCACUGCUGGGAUAUUUGGAGCCACUCUGUCCUCUGCUUUGGCCUGCCUGGUGUCUGCUCCCAAAGUCUUCCAGUGUCUCUGUAAGGACCAUCUCUACCCCCUCAUUAGCUUCUUUGGCAAAGGUUAUGGCAAAAACGAUGAACCUAUCAGAAGCUACCUGCUGGCGUACCUCAUAGCUUCUUGCUUCAUUUUAAUUGCUGAGUUAAACACCAUCGCUCCUAUCAUCUCCAACUUCUACCUGUGCUCCUACGCCUUGAUCAACUUCAGUUGUUUCCAUGCCUCCAUCACCAACUCACCAGGUUGGCGUCCAUCAUUCAGGUACUACAGUAAGUGGCUGUCGCUGCUGUGUUCUAUAACUUGUGUGGUGAUCAUGUUCCUGCUGACAUGGUGGGCGGCCCUCAUUGCGAUCGGUGUCGUUUUAUUCUUUCUGGGAUACACACUCUACAAGAAACCAGCUGUGAACUGGGGCUCAUCGGUGCAGGCUGGCACCUACAACAUGGCUCUGAAUCAUUGUGUAAGCCUCAACCUUUUGGAGGACCACAUCAAGAACUACAGACCCCAGUGUUUGGUCCUAACAGGUCCUCCUAGUAGUCGUCCAGCUCUUGUGGAUCUGGUCAACUGUUUCACAAAGAAUCUCAGUCUCAUGAUGUGUGGAAAUGUGGUCACUGCUGAUACCUUAUCAGCAGUGGACAAGGCGAGCAGUAACAGCCAUGUCACCUGGUUGAACCAAAGGAAAAUCAAAUCAUUUUACAGAGGAGUGGUGGCUUCAGAGCAACGGUCUGGGGUCAACAUGCUGCUACAGGGGGCAGGUUUGGGUCGUAUGAAGCCAAAUGUUCUGCUGAUGGGUUUCAAGUCAAACUGGCACAGUGAUUCACCUCAGGCUGCACAUAACUACAUAGAAAUCCUGCAUGAUGCAUUUGACCUGCAGUACGGAGUGUGCAUGCUAAGGAUGAGAGAGGGGUUGGAUGUGUCUCGUCUAUCUCAAUCACAUGUAAAUCAAGGUUUUGAUGUAGAGUCAAACGGCGCUGACGCCAUCUCUGCCAAUUCCUGCAUUCAAACAAGCACUACAUCCUCUGUUGCUGUUGUACCCGAGCCUCAGCCCUGCACCAUUUUUCAGAAAAAACAAGGAAAGAAGACCAUUGAUGUGUACUGGCUGUCUGACGACGGAGGUUUGACGCUGCUGCUGCCGUACCUGCUGACCCGCAGAAAGCGCUGGGCCAGGUGUAAGGUCCGAGUGUUUGUGGGAGGGGAGACAGACAAGAAAGAAGAGCAGAAAGAAGAGGUUUUGUCACUGAUCAAGAAGUUUCGUCUUGGUUUCCAAGAUGUCGAAGUGCUUCCUGAUAUUUACCAGAAUCCCCAGCCUGUAAAUGUCCAUCGGUUUGAAAACAUGAUCAGUAGCUUCAGGCUGGAUACGAACCCCAAACAGGAAUCAGACCCUGACCCUCCGAGACAGCAGGAGGUGCCCUGGAUGAUCACAGACCAGGAAUAUGAGAGGAACAAAGCAAAGUCUCUCCGUCAGGUCCGUCUAAAUGAAGUAUUGCAGGAUUACUCCAGAGAUGCAGCUCUUGUUAUUGUCACAAUGCCAGUAGGGAGGAGAGGAGUGUGUCCCAGUACUCUCUACCUGGCGUGGCUCGACAUCUUGUCACGGGAUCUUAGACCUCCGGUGCUGCUAGUCAGAGGAAACCAGGAAAGCGUUCUUACUUUCUAUUGCCAGUGAAAUGUCUCCAUGAGUCUAUUGUUCAUAUAAUAACACAAGUCUGACAUUGCAAUGCCUUUCAGACAGGUAAUGAUCAUCUGAUGUUGUAAUGGCGUUGUUUGCUGUUUAAUGGUUUGGAAUUCAUCAUCUCAUAAUGUGCACAUGAAAUGAUUUGUAUUAUUUUCCUAAAUUUAUCUUUUAAAUUAACGCUAAAAAUGAACCGCUGUGAUUUUAAAUGAAAGAUAAUUGCUAAAAAGAAAAGAAAUUGUACUGAAUUUUUGGUCUCACAUUUGACAUUUCUGAUUUAUUUCAUUCUAGUUUGAAUAGUUUAUUGGACAGCUUAUUAAAUCUGCACAUGUUUAAAGGAUGUUAAAUACUUAUGCUUUUCAUUUUUAAUGUUUUUAAUUUGAUACUGGGGGGUAAGAUCAGCAGAAUUUUGAAUCAAAAUUGAUUUGAGUAAAUUGAGUAAAUUGGGCAGUCACCAUGCAUGUUGACUCGCCUUAGCUGAGGAAAUACUGAGAGUAAUCAGCUAUUUGGUGCAACAGUGACACAGUGCAAUUUCACUUAUUAUCAUCCUCGCUCAAUGCGCUAUGAAACGUAAGAAGUUUGGGUU